GAAACUGUUCGAAAUAUUUCAGAAGUAAUCGUAUCUCCAGCUCUGAAGAACACAUCUCUGCGUCCUCCCAAUUCGAGUCUAUACCAUGGCGAAUUUUAGUGGUAAAUAUGUUGUGCAGAAUAAGGAAAACGUUGGUGCCUUUUUAACUGCUAUUGGUGUUGGUCAGGCUGCUCAAAUGAUGGGGGGAAUGAUGAAACAGCAGCUGACAAUUGAACACGAAGGGAAUGGGGUUUCGUUUACUACAGUUGUUGGGACUUUCAGCCUUGGUACAAGAGAGUUUACCUUAGGAGAAACAAAAGAUGAAACACUCAAACAUUCAAAUCUUGAAGCUAAAGUAAACCUACACAUUGAAGAUAACAAACUAAUUUUGACCGAAACACCAAACGAGGGACUCGAACGCAUCAUAACAAAGGAGUUACUGGAAGAUGGAAAUUUGAGAGAGACAUCUAAAAUUGGUGAUAUAACAGCUGUCAGUAUGCUGAAUAGAGUUGCAGAAUAACAUCAAUAUUUCACUACAACUUUUUACUCAUUAAAUUUAAAAAAAAAA